CCUUAGUCCUGUGGAUCUACCAUUGAUCAUUCGAAAAUACCUUCCAUUCCAAUUCUUUAUCGAUAGGAAAAUAUUAUUGGGGAAUUAUCUAUUCCCAAUCAGAAUCUACCGAUAAACCUUGAGGUUUCUCGCAGAUUCGCUUCAUUUUAAUUGUGUAACGGUACUCUGUACCCCAAACCUUACCCAACAUCAACAUUUACCUUGUCGCCUUACAUCGGAAAAUUUCAACAUUCGAAGCCUCAUCCGUUAACCUACGCCUUACAUACCGUACCUACUGCGUACUUACAUACUUACAUACUUACAUAUCUACAUACCACAUAUCACACACCACAUUCCUCAGAAAUCGCAAACAACCAUGAAUAUGCAGACAGCAGGGGAUAUCCCCAUGAUUGUUAAAUCAGAGAACUCCGGAUCAGAGCGUCGUAUUACCCCAUCCUGGUCCAUUGGUCAACUGAAAUCCAAACUUGUACCCGUGACCGGUAUCCCUUCGUCAGAUCAAAAGCUCACCUUGUGGAUCAACAAUCAACGGUCAAUUGAUAUUCAAGCUGUCGAUGAAGAGAACACGCAAUUAACCAACUUCCCACUGGCACCGCAUGCCGUUAUUCACGUGAGUUCGGGAAAUUUCUUUAGCUUCGUAACGCGAAACAUGUCGUGGUACUCUAAGACCUUAUCAUUCUGCAAGGCUGUCUGUACACCGGAUCCCACGGAUGUUUUUUUCCAACUCCAUAUGAGACUUGAUCUUCGGUAUCGCAUUGCUACUAGACCAGGUUGUCAUUUCUACAUCAUAUGAUAGUUCAUGCCGAUGUGUACCAGGUUGCCCCAAUAGUUCAUUCCAUGAUACUUAAGUCAUUGAGUUGAUGAAUCUAAAUUUGUAUAGUCUACUCAUCUCGCUGAUAUUGCUUUGCGUGGGUUAGUCUCCUUCCAUACAGCCGGGCCAAGUGUUCCAUGAUGCUUCGAGUGGAUAUUUCUUGACACGGACAUGACAAGUUUUGUUCGUUGUCCAUGAACUAUUUGCCGUAGAGUGAGCUCCAUCAGGUGGAUUCAUUAUUGCAUGAAUGUGGUCUCACUCUGAGUCAAGGUGGUGUGCUGUAUCCGAAGUCUAAACAAGCAUUCAAUACCUGCAAGCACAAACUAUUCUCCUUUUCAAGUCUGGCAAUGCUCUAUGACGGCACGCAUCACUUUAUGUCUUUCCGAAUCUAUUGUGCGGAACCUUUCGCCAAUUAAGCUUGGCUAAUCUUAAGAAGUGCUAACACAAUUCCUCCCAGGUAACUGAUACCCGUGCUCCUGGACUACGUGAAAAUUACACCGAUGUUUCCGCGGUCGAGAAAUACACACUUCCUGUAGAAUCUUACGAGAAACGAAGUGACAGCGUUCUUUCCUGGAAAAAGAAUGAAAAGCUUGGACGAUUCAACCCAGAUGCUCCAAGUCUUCUCGAUGCCAAGCUCGCAGUCUACGACAAUGAGAUUAAAGAGAAAGGUAUUUCAGUAGGAAAGAGAUGUCGAGUUGGAGAAGAUGAUUCCCGAAGAGGUGAAGUGAUGUAUGUAGGCGACGUUGAAGAAAUUCCUGGUGGAGCAGGUAAAUGGAUCGGGAUCAAAUUAGAUGAACCUGUUGGAAAGAAUGAUGGUAGUUUAGGUGGAAAACGAUAUUGGGGUAAAGAGGGUGAUGGAAAAUUCGGUGUCUUUGUUAGACCUGAAAGAGUUACCGUGGGAGAUUUUCCUGUAUUGGAUGAUUUGGAGGAUAUGGAGGAGAUGUAGUUGUUGUUGAUACCUAUUUGUAUGGUGUUUGCACUUUUUGAGGAAUCAGAAUUACCUUUUUGAAAUACCUGUUGAACAAUGCGUAUUCAUAUUAAAG